CCGUAAACACUUCCGCACAAACCGGAAAUAAGCCCCGUAUGUCAUGUGACUUAGCUGGUAGCUGGUAGCUCUUGUUUAGCAUGUAGAGCGUCUCAGCGGUGUUUAAAGUCAUCUGAAGACGAGACUUAACUAGAUCAGACCGUCAUGGCAGACGAUUUGAAGAGAUUCCUGUACAAACAGCUCCAAAGUGUUGAAGGUCUUCAUGCCAUCGUAGUGACGGACCGAGACGGUGUUCCAGUUGUGAAAGUUGCCAAUGACAACGCCCCCGUCCAAGCGCUGAGACCCGGUUUCUUGUCCACCUUCGCUCUGGCCACAGAUCAGGGCAGCAAACUCGGCCUGUCCAAGAACAAGAGCAUCAUCUGCUACUACAACUCCUACCAGAUUGUGCAGUUCAAUCGCCUCCCCCUGGUUAUCAGCCUGAUCGCCAGCAGCGGUGCCAACACAGGUCUGAUCAUGAGUCUGGAGAAGGAGUUGACUCCUCUAAUAGAGGAUCUGAGGCAGGUGGUGGAGGUGACAUAGUCUCCGACUCACCAGAAGACUUGCUGCUCACCACCAUCCUCACGAUGUGUUUGGGUUCUGUAGGAAAUUCUGCCUGCAGCUUGUUCAGUGUGGACCAGAUUCAUUCACGUUGCUGUAAAUGUUUCCAUCUGUGCUUUUAGUCUGAAUAAAUGUGUGGGUUCUGGG